GUCGUUUGUUUCUGGAACUAAUACGUUUCUUAUUCGUUUUUUUUGUUUUUUUGUUUUUUAUGUUGCCUGAGUGGGAGUAUAUUCUAUUGUAAAGUUACGCUCAUUGACUGCAAACAGUGCCGCUUACUCGUUUGGACCAUUUAAUCAUUAGUGUUUGUGACUACUUUCAACAUAAUCAUAAUCUUAUCGCAGUCAGUGGGUUUUUUUAAUUAUAAUUAUUUAUUCUGAAAGUAGUUAUGUUUAUUCGUUUUAGUAUAUCUUUCUAUUUGUAUAGGGCUGUAUUAAAUAAAUCCGCACCCGAGAUUCAAAAGCGCCUUUCUGAAAAACGUCAUAUGUCGGUAGUCAGCGCCUCACACACUGAUUUUGCUGACACGUUUGCGAGUCAGUUUUACAGACCACGAUAAUCCUCUUUUAAUUUUGUUACGUGAUAUGUGGCUAAAUAUAAGCAAAAUACACAAGGAUAGCACAACAGGUAUGUUUUUGCCGUGAAUCGGUUGCAUUGCAAUGCCACGAAACCCCAGACCUCUACAUAAUCUCUGAAGGCAAAUGCAGUUGUGCAGUAUAAGUUUGUGGAAAGAUUUAAGCCCUGUUCACACUUGUGUCGCUACGAUACUAGUACAGUUUGUUUCGGUAUGGAAUAUACAGGUAUGAAACCACUUUCUGUCCUAACUCACUUUUCAAUACCGCACAGUAGCGAUACAGUUGCGAUAUACCUGUCCACAGUAAUGUGUGUUCAAAUCGACAGUGUUCGGGUUCUGAACUCGUUUCCAUGACGACUGCUGUCACAUCUGUUAGAAAUGGAUCCGCUGGAGUGCAAUACAGCAUGUUUUUGCCGUCCUGUCCGUGUGCAGUAUUUUGUUUUGGUGUUAAAUCAUUAUUAAGAGACGAGCAGAACGUGAAAGGAUGAGACGGACAAAAAGGCGAAAACAAUUAACCGUCUUUAAAAGCCCGAGGUUGCAAAGACAGCGGGCUUGCAUCACGACUUUGGGAAUGCGUGCUUUUUUUGUUUUGCUUUUUGAUAUGCCCUCACAAGGGAUUUUAAUUUUGAGCGCCACUGCUCUGCAGCACGCUUUACCUCAUAGUCAUCGUCACUAAUUGUGUGGAGAUUAUUUUGGCAUUUUUGGUGUAGCCAUGAUAAAGGUACUGCUCGUAAAAUGUAAAGCUGUUUAAGGUAUUUAAACUGUAAAGCAAGCGGCGCGCCUUUUCCUGAAUAUUGACUUACCUGUAUCGAUACCGUGUCGGGUUACCUGUCCGCACUAAACUGUUCCGAGUCGUAUUGAAAUAGAACCGGUGCUAAACCUGCUCUUUUAUGACUCCAGUCUGGACAGGUGUUUCGGUACGGUUCCGCAACGGUACCGGUAUAAACAUGCUAGUGUGAACAGGGCAUAAGUUUAGGUUGAAGUCAGAACAGUGUAGUUUUCAAACUUAAUUUAAGUGUUUGGUUUUUUGUGUGUGUGUGUGGCAGAUCAUACCGUAAGGUUAAUAUAAAAAAUGGAUGAAGCUCUCCGUAAUUAUUUAAAUAUAUUAUUAUUAUUAUUAUUAUUAUUAUUAUUAUAUUAUUAAAUGAACUUAAUGGGACCUGAAACUGUCUGAUCAAGUAUGUAUUUGUUAGAAACGUCAUGUUUGGAAGGAGAACCCUUCUCAGUUUUUAUUUGUUUUGCUUCUCUGAGCUACUGUGCCAGUGGGGCUUGUUGUGGCAUUUAUACCUCUUGAAGCUGCAGGUGGGAGCAGGGGCCUCUGUAGUUCAGAGGGUGACCAAAAAGGUUUCAAGGACAUGUGAACAAACUGGAAAGUCAACCAGGCCUGGUUGGUUGUGCAGUAAACUUCGAAGCUUCAAAAUGAGUCUAAGUCAACAUGGAAUAUAUUAAGCACUGGACCUGUGACCGGUAGCAGAAUGUUUGAAGACUUGUCGCCAGUUUGUCUAAAAGAUAAUGGCUGCACCAGCUUGUACAGUUUAAAACAAGAAGUCUUUUAUCCCAGCUCUAAAUGUGUGGCACUACUGCGAUGGAUUUUCAGAAGAGGUUUUCAAGAGGUUGCAGGCCUCUGCACCAGAGACUAACUCCGACCUAAGACUCAUUACUCGGGUGGGGGAAACUGACAAAAGCCUCUUUCUUUGAACAUGUUUGCCAGUACUGGCACUUCAUCUGAUUUUAACUUUUUUAAAGUGUACAUAAGGACCUGAAAGUUGAAAAUGUUUGGCAGUACUGCGCUGGCAGCUGUGCUCUGCUUGCUACUGUGUGGAUUGAAUCGAAGGCUCGAAGCCUCCGUGUUAAACUGCAUCCCCAGGAAAAGUGUGCUCCACCAAAAUGGUAGCAUUAAAACUUUCGAAGAGGAGGGAUUCUUCAAUUAUUCGACCAUGCUGGUUAGAGAAGACGUUAACACUCUGCUUGUGGGAGCCAGGGAAGCUGUCUAUGCCCUUAACAUGGAUGACAUAUCUGAGAGAAUAUCUACUGUUUACUGGCCAGUUCUGGAGAGCAAACAGCAAGAAUGUACGAACAAAGGAAAAAACAAAGAUACAGAAUGUCGGAACUACAUUCGUACCCUUAACAAAAUAGGGGAUGCCAAAAUGUAUGUUUGUGGGACAAAUGCGUUCAGUCCUACCUGUGCCUAUAUGACUUUCAAUAAAGGACAGUUGCUACUUGAAAACAAUUCUGAAGAGAGUAAGGGCAAGUGUCCUUUUGACCCCUUCCAGAGGUACGCCUCAGUUAUGGUUGAAGAUGAUCUCUACGCUGCGACUUCCAUCAAUUUCUUGGGCUCAGAACCAGUGGUCAUACGCAAUUCAGGAAACUCCCUCCGGACCGAAUUCAAGGACUCCUGGCUCAAUGAACCCAACUUCAUUUACAUGGACGUGGUGCAGGAGAGCCAGAAUAACGCAGAUGGAGACGAUGAUAAAGUGUACCUGUUCUUCAGCGAAACUGCUGUGGAGUACGACUUCUACAACAAGCUCCUGGUGUCCAGGAUUGCUCGUGUGUGCAAGGGUGAUCUAGGAGGCCAGAGGACACUGCAGAAGAAAUGGACGACCUUCUUAAAAGCCAGCCUGGUCUGUUCUGUCCUGGAGCUGAAUGUGCAGCUCAUCGUCCAGGAUGUGUUUGUAUUGAAGUCGAAGGACUGGAGAGAUACCAUCUUCUACGGCGUGUUCAUCCCGCAGUUGGGGGCGCUGGACAUCUCUGCAGUGUGUGCGUACACCAUGAACACGGUUCAGGAUGUUUUCUCUAAGGGAAAAUACAAAGCUCCUGUCACAGUGGAGUCCUCUCAUGUGAAGUGGGUUAUGUACAGCGGAGAGGUGCCUGUGCCCAGGCCUGGGGCAUGUAUUAAUAACCAAGCAAGAGCUAUGGGUAUCAACCACUCCCUCGACCUGCCUGACAAAACGCUGCAGUUUGUAAGAGACCAUCCUUUGAUGGAUGAUUCAGUGACCCCCAUCGGCGGUCAGCCCAGACUGGUGAAGAGGGGGUCCCUGUUCAGCAGGAUCGUGGUGGACAGAGUCACAGCGCUGGAUGGCAAACCAUACGACGUCAUGUUCAUCGGAACAGAGAAUGGGUUCCUGCAGAAAGCUGUGAACUUUGACGGGGAGAUGUUCAUUAUUGAAGAAGUCCAGCUUUUUCAACCACCUGAGUCAGUCCAGAGUCUUACUCUUUCUUCUAAAAAGGGUCAGGUCUAUGCCGGGUCCUCGUCCCGUGUAGUGCAGAUGCCUUUCUCAGUGUGCAGACGGUAUGACACGUGUCUGGGUUGCGUGCUAGCAAGGGAUCCAUACUGUGCAUGGGACCUGGCUGUGAAUCGGUGUGCUGCUACCGCUGGUAGGACUGCUGCACCACAGAACUUCAUCCAGAGUGUAGGAAAAGGAGAUGCCUCUAGCUGCCCAGAGCUUGGAAACAUCAAAACAAAAAAGCGCACAUUUAUUCCUGGGAGUAACAUUCAGCUCAAAUGCAGUCCCAUAUCAAACCUGGCGCAGAUCCACUGGACUCUGAACGGGAGCUCCAUUCAGCUGAGGAACCCCAAGUACUACGCCUACGACGGCGGGAUUCUUCUGUUCAAUGUGGCAGUGGCGGACGCGGGACAGUACACCUGUCAGUCUGUGGAGCAAGCGAACGGGAAGCAAUACCAGCAGACGAUGGCCGUUUACAGCCUAGAACCAGAACAGAGCCAGGGGCAGAACACUGAGGUUGCAGUGACCACCCAGUCCCCCGGAAUCACCAGAGUCACGCCCACGCCGCCAGUAGUUCCAGAUGUAUGGAACCCGAAAAUAAUGCUGCACGCGGACGACAAAAAGGUGCUGUUUUUGAAAAUUUUUGUCGGCAUUUUAGCAUGCCUUCUGGUUUGUUUGCUGACUUGGAACUUGUGCAAGGGACACAUGCCGCUGCCUUGCGUGAAGCCGAAGAUGAAGGAGGCGUCUGCCGCUACGCCGAGGAUGGUGCAGAUCGGCGGUGUGGACACCACCGCGCACCAGGUCUCCUUCAAUGCCAGAGGAACCUUUGAGGCAUCCCCCAUGGUUAACAGCCAGACGGGAACGGGUGUGAACAGCUGGAUUACCAACAACAAUAAUGCUGCUCAACAGAGCAAGGACCUUGUGGACUCUUUCAUGAUACCUUCAACGUUAUUGGGAGUGGACGACUUCAGAUAUAUUGAUGAGGAAUCUGAAAUUUGAUAUGUGGUGGUGUUUUUUUUUAACUAAGGCAGCUAACUUUUUUUAAUUGAUUUUCUUAUUUACUUCCCAAAAGUGUUA